AUGGCCGUGUCAAUCUCUCAAGUGUCCUUUGAGCAUCACAGAGUAGCCUUAGGCAUUGGAGAGGCUUCUCCUCGAAUAUCAUGGCGCUUCAACGGUCUUGCUACUGACUGGAAGCAAGGCGGAUAUAGCAUUGAAUUAUCACGACAUAAGCAGAAUCAAACUGGGUUAUCCCAAACUGAGAUAUUUCAUCACAAUUCCUCAGAUUCUGUUCUUGUGCCUUGGCCCACCGUCUCGUUAGCAUCAUCAGAGUCUGCCACGGUUCGAGUAAGAGCAUAUGGCGAAGGAGACAAGCCCGAUACUCCAUGGUCCGAACAUGUCAACGUCGAGACCGGAAUUCUGAAUCAGGACGAUUGGUUAGGGGCUCAGAUGAUAAGCGCAGACAAGGAAACAGAGAAAGAUGCCCCCCACCAGCCGCUACUCUUUCGUAAAGAGUUCUCAGUAAAUAGUACAGGUGUGGAGAAAGCGAGAUUGUACAUUACCGCUUAUGGCUUAUACGAAGCACAAAUCAACGGGAAAAGGGUCGGUACUACCGUACUCGCACCCGGAUGGCAGUCUUAUAAACAUCGCCUAGUCUACGAUACUUAUGAUGUGACAGCCCUACUGCUCGCCGGGGAUAACGUCUUCGGAAUAACAGUUGGUGAGGGUUGGUAUGCUGGCCGCCUCGGAUACGGAUCAGGCAGCCGCAAUCUUUGGGGCGAUACGCUAGGUGCUAUGGCCCUAUUAGUUAUUACAUCCAAUGGAAAAACGCAAAGUAUCAGAACAGAUAAAUCUUGGACGGCAAGUACAGGUCCGAUCGUGACCUCUGAAAUAUACAACGGAGAAGCAUACGACUCGAGGCUAGAGCAGAGUGGGUGGUCAGCCCCUGGGUUUAUUGUCCCGGACACGGCAGAGUGGAUUGCAGCGAAAGAGCUUGAGGUACCCUACGGAAUAUUAGCUGCCCCUGACGGACCCCCUAUCCAACGUAUAGAAGAGAUCAAGCUGCAGGAGAUAUUAACAUCUCCCACCGGAAAGACUAUCAUUGAUUUCGGACAGAACUUCGCUGGAUGGCUCAGGCUUACUGUUAAAGGUAAAAGAGGAGAUACUAUCAAGUUACUACAUGCCGAAGUUCUGGAGGGCGGAGAAGUAGCGACUCGACCACUUAGAAAUGCUACUCAGACAGAUUACCUUACGCUCUCCGGUCAGCUUCAAGUUUGGGAGCCAAGUUUUACUUACCACGGAUUCAGAUACGUCAUGGUCGACGGAUGGCCCGAAGAUGAUACCCCGCUAAACAACGACUCGGUGAGGGCGAUAGUAAUACAUUCGGACAUGGAGGAGACAGGUUAUUUCGAAUGUGAAGACCAACUCCUAAAUAAGCUACACAAAAACGUGAGAUGGUCUAUGAAAUCCAACUUCAUGAGUAUCCCAACCGACUGUCCCCAAAGAGAUGAGAGACUUGGAUGGACGGGAGAUAGCCUCGCGUUUGCUCCUACAGCUAACUUUCUCUACGAUACUUCUGGCUUUUGGCGAAGUUGGUUAAAGGAUCUUCAGUCGGAGCAGGUAAAAGGCGUCCCACCCUUAGUGGUUCCAGCAGUACCUGCAGCUGGGCCAGUAACGGCUACGGCCGUUUGGGGUGAUGCUCUGGUCGCUAAUCCUUUUAACGCGUACCAUGCCUCUGGAGAUCUUAAUGCUUUACGAGAGCAAUACACCGGCGCAAAAUCGUGGCUUGACGAUGGCAUCCCUAGAAAUGAAGCCGGCUUGUGGAGUCGUUCAAACUUUCAGCUAGGUGAUUGGUUGGAUCCUAAGUCUCCACCGGAUGACCCAGGCAGCGCCACUACGAGCUCUAUAUAUGUUGCUGAUGCAUAUCUCGUCUAUGUGACUGGAUUGGUUGCGGAGAUGGCCUCGGAACUUGGGCUUGAUGACGAUAAAACCCGCUUCGAGAAAUGGGCUAAAGAUCUCAAGACGGCUUUCAGAGAAGCCUGGAUAGAUUCCGAAGGUAUCGUCGCCAACGAGACACAAACAGGCCUCGCAUUACCGCUAUACUUUGAUUUAUUCCAAAACGAGUCUGAAGGAAAAGCGGCGGCUAGUCGAGAGAUAAGCCCUGUUCCCGACACAGACCCGGAUCUCGCUUUAGUCUCCCCAAACACGGAUCCUGACUCCCUUGAUCUGAGAUGUGGCCGUAACGCAUCCCUACCAUUCUCUCAGGUCAAAACGGCCACAGUCCAAGCCGGCGAUGUAAUUGGCUUUGGGGCAGGGGAGCCCAUGGGCGAUACCAAAGCAACUAUGUAUCACCCUGGGAUUGGUUCAGCAUGGUUGUCCAAGUCGCCGAUAGACGACCUGCAGAAGUACGCCGGCGAUGGCGAUUGGUUCAAGAUCUUGAGCGUGACCGGACGAACAGAGCAAUCGCUAGACUACUCACUCCCAGAGAACUCAAGAUAUUACGACCAAUAUAAGUCAGUAUGGGGGACUUUCAGACUAGACAGCUACAACUUCACGAUCCCCAAGACCACACCUCCUGGGAAGUAUCUCCUUCGAUUCGAACACUACUUCCCGAACAUAAUUGACACUCAGUUCUACGUGAACUGCGCCCACGUCGAGAUCGUCAAUCCAGAUACCGAAGUCGGCACUCCGGGGCCUUUGGUCGAUAUCCCAGGUGUCUAUACGCGCGGUCAGCCGGACGUUUACUUUAAUUAUUUCGAUUUACAGUUCAAUAUUUCUACUUUCACGGGACCGGAACCGUCGGUAUGGUCGGGGUGA